AAUCGGUGUACCAGGAGGAGUCGUCAUCGUUAUUGUGAGUGUUAAGAGAGAGAAAUCGCCGGCGUUAUCUCGGGAUUCCCGCCGGGAAAUUAGUUUAAAGCUCACGCGCUGGUUUUUGACCGGAAAUGCUUCAUCUUCUAGAAAUGUUGUGGCAUUUGGACUGAAGCCUAGCUGUUCGUUUGAACGUCGUUGGCUUUCGUGGACGCCAUUGUUGAGUUUCUUGCUGCUGGUUAGGAGAUUGAAUGGUUGAUUGUUUGUGUUUAUGAUUGGAAUUCAAUUUGCAUAGCUGUGGGAAUUGGUGGUCUAGGUUACUUCCGAUCAGAGUUACGUAAGUGUUUGGGGCGAAAUGGGUGAUACUGAAGAUGUUCAUACUGAUAGCUUUCGAAAUCUUCAAUGUUCGUUUGGAACAUCUUCCUCCUCUUCUGUGAAGCAUAAUUUCUCUAUGGAUCAGCUUAAAAUUUCUCAAAUGAACUGCUCACAAGGCCGUCCACAGCAUUUUCAGUCGAAUUUUCUUGGAGAUAAUAAUCGAAGAAUUGGGAUACCACCGCAGAUCCCACCAAUCUCUCCGUAUUCUCAGAUCCCGGUGUCGCGUCCGAUGAACCAGCACAGUUAUAGCUCUGUUCCUACUCAUUCACGAUCGUUAUCUCAGCCUUCUUUCUUCUCUUUCGAUUCUUUGCCGCCUUUAAGCCCCUCUCCAUUUCGGGACUCCCCAUCUACAUCGAAUUCAGAUCAGGUUUCUGCAGAUACAUCAAUGGAGGACAGGGAUGCUAGUUCACAUUCUUUGUUGCCUCCCUCACCUUAUAUGAGGGCCAAUUCUUCGCAGAUGGGAGAUGCUUUACCCCCUCGUAAAGCACAUAGGCGGUCCAAUAGUGAUAUUCCAUUUGGAUUAUCUUCGAUGAUUCAGUCAUCUCCUCUUAUCCCUUUAAGUGGCUCAGGUAGAUUGGAGCGAUCAACAAAUAGUAAAGAGAAUGUGGGCAUAUUUAAGCCGGGUAGCCAGUUUGUUAAAAGAGAGCCUAGUUUGGAGAAAGGCAUUGAUAACAAUUUGGAAGGAAUGGGUGAAAGGAAGCCCGAAGGGGACACUGUGGAUGAUUUAUUCUCUGCUUAUAUGAAUUUGGAUAAUAUUGAUUUGUUCAACUCCUCUGGGGCCAACGACAAGAAUGGUCAUGAGAAACGGGAGGAUUUGGAUAGUAGAGGUAGUGGAACAAAGACAAAUGGGGGUGAGAGCAGUGAUAAUGAAGCAGAAAGCAGUGUAAAUGAAAGUGGGGAUAGCGCUCAAAUGCCUGGAUUGAAUUCCUCUGCUGAAAAGAGGGAAGGGAUCAAACGAACUGCAGGGGGCGAUAUUGCUCCAACGACCAGACAUUAUCGAAGUGUCUCCAUGGAUAGUUUCAUGGGGAAGCUGCAGUUUGGUGAUGAGUCACCCAAAAUGCCUCCCACACCACCUGGUGUUCGUCCGGGGCAUCUUUCUUCAAACAACUUAGUUGAUGGUAAUUCAUCUCCAUUCAGUUUGGAGUUUGGUAAUGGUGAGUUCAGUGGGGCCGAACUGAAGAAAAUUAUGGCGAACGACAAACUUGCUGAGAUUGCACUAUCCGAUCCCAAGCGUGCUAAGAGGAUCUUGGCCAACCGUCAAUCUGCUGCUCGAUCGAAAGAACGUAAAAUGCGGUAUAUAUCUGAGUUGGAACACAAGGUUCAGACUCUACAGACAGAAGCUACCACGCUGUCUGCCCAACUCACACUUCUACAGCGAGACUCAGUUGGACUUACAAAUCAGAAUAAUGAGCUGAAGUUUCGUCUCCAAGCCAUGGAACAGCAAGCACAAUUACGGGAUGCUCUAAAUGAAGCGUUAACUGGGGAGGUUCAGCGAUUGAAGCUCGCUACAACCGAUAUAAACGCGCAAUCUCAUCCCUCAAACGGGGUAAUGUCUCAAUCAUCUAUGAAUCACCAUGGACUCCAGCUUCAGCUUCAGCAGCAGCACCAACAGCAUAUGCAGCAGAAUGGCAGUGCAACCACAAAACCAGAGUCCAACCAAUAAUAAUUAUUAGUUUGUUUCUGGUUCAUUCAUAGAAGUAUUCAUUAUUAUAAGUUAGCUUCAUAUUAUUUGGAUUUGUCACAUAUCCACCCCAACACAGUCUUUCUAAAGUUGUGUAAAUCACACACUUAUAAUUUUUAUGCUUUAUUUUCAAUUGUUUAGUGAGUCUAGGCGAAUCUUGUUACCCAAAAGAGAAGUGUACUCAUGAUUAAUUACUUUAUAUGAUAUUUUAGAAUGGGAAUUCCCUUUCUUUCCUUCUGUCAA